GAAGAAGAGAUCUCUUCCAAUAAAAAAAUCCCUAAUCAACUGGAUUAGAAUUCGGGAUUAGAAUUUGGCGGGUCCAUCAUAAAUAAACUCAAACCCAAAUUUAUCCCGUUUUUUCCAAACGUAAUACCUACGCAUCUUUCGUUUUACCUGUUCACCGUCGCGCCGUGGUCUCUCUUUUGUGAUCUCCCGAUCGAUCAACAGGAAUACUUCGGAAGCUUGAUCGAUCUUCUGUGUUCUUAUACAUAAUAAGGUUUGCAAUCUGUUCAUCCCAAUCAUUUUAGGGUUUCUUUAUCAUCAUCAUCCUUUUAUGGAUCACCAAGAAGCUAUGAUCGCCGAGGAAUCUGUUGCGAUGAUGAUCAAAUCCAGUUUAUUUGCUUGUCUUUGGUGGAUAUUUAGGGUUUCAUUCUUAGAUUUUCUUUUAUUUUCGUUUGCUUUUGCUGGAGGAUCGGCGAUUGGAUUUCAAGAUUCUAGAUUAUAACUAGUUACAGACUACAAUUGGUGGAUUUUGACAGUGUAGAGAUAUGAGGAUUUGGUUGCCUUAUCAGUGUGUGGAUAUUAUAUGGUUUAUCUGGCUGGAUCUUUCUUUACCAUUUUUAUUAAGGUUUAUUGUGGGAAUCAGUUUAUUUCUGAAGCGUAAGCAUUUGCAAAUAAGAGAUGAACAGCUUUAUAUUGGGAUCUUUUGCUAUGCUUUCUCUGACUCCGAUUAGGGUUUUAGUUUUGAUCGUGUCAGAGAAAACUGAAUCGCCAAAGAUUGUAUGGUUCAACUUGUUAAUUCUGCUAUCGUGUUUUGUCCUUUUAGCGUGGGAGCUGAGGCCGUUCAUAGACGACUUGGAGGAGGAGCUGCGCAUAGCAACAUUGUUUGUCGCUUCUGGAUGCGGGGAAAGUGUAAUAGAAACCCGUGUAGGUUCAUGCACAGAGAAUCACUACCUCCUAAUGUUUACCGUAGAACCUCUAAGGAAUCCAAUGUUUUACUGGAGGGACAGUCGAUGAGGAGGUCUAGCUACGGCCUCGGCAAUUCAAUGGCAGGAUCUGAAGCUAAAUCUGUUCAGAAGAGUUCCAAUCAUGAUGUUAAGCAUCUGCCUAGGAAGCGCCCCAAUCCUAGUAAUUCUUUUGCUUCAGCUACUGGAGGUGGUGUGUCUGAAUAUAAAAGUAUUGAGGAGAGCUCCAGUUCCUGCACCAGCACAGAUUCGGGAAAUAUGGAGGAGAUAGGAGCGUCCAGCAAGUGCUCUGAUGCUUCUGAAGAUAAAACUGUUAACAAGAGCUCAAAUAAGGCGUGUGAUUACUGGAUGUCAGGCAGUUGUAUUAAAGGUGAUGGGUGCCAGUUCUUGCAUUCAUGAUUUCGUGGGGAUUGGUUUUCACUGCUGGCAAACCUCAAGGGACACACUGAGGCUGUAUGUGGGGUGGCACUUCCUUCAGGAUCUGAUAAGCUUUAUUCAGGCAGCAGUGAUGGAACAGUACAUGUUUGGGAUUGUCAUACUGGUCAGUCCACAAGGGUGAUAAAUCUUGGUGAUGAAAUUGGGUCUUUAAUCAGUGAAGGCCCAUGGAUAUUUGUAGGCUUGCCAAAUGUUGUUAAGGCGUGGAACAUCGAGACAGCUGCUGACUAUAAUCUUAAUGGACCCGUUGGGCAAGUUUAUGCUAUGACUGUUUCUUCUGAUACGCAUUUUGCGGGGGCACAGGAUGGUUCCAUUUUGGCAUGUAAAGGGAGUACAGAAAACCCAAAUCCUUUUGAACUUGCCACAUCUUUGAAAGGCCAUACUGGUGCUGUGAUAUGCUUAACUAUUGGAAGGGAUAGGCUUUACUCUGGUUCCAUGGACAGUACAAUAAGGGCGUGGGAACUCGAUAUUUUACAUUGUAUUCACAUGCUCAAUGGUCAUGUCGAUGCUGUGAUGUCCCUUAUAUGCUGGGAUGAGUAUUUGUUGUCUUAUUCAUCAGACCGGACAAUAAAAGUCUGGGCCUCUACAAAAGAGGGCAACAUAGAGGUGAUCUAUACAGAUGAGAAGGAGCAUUGUGCUAUUGCUUUGUUCGGGAUGCAUGAUGUAGAAGACAAACCGGUUUUAUUUUGCUCUUGCAACGACAACUCUAUUUACCUAUAUGAUCUACCAUCAUUCAACGAGAGGGGCAGGAUUUUUUCGAAGGGAGAAGUAAAAACGAUCGAGACAGGUCCUGGUGGUCUUUUUUUCACUGGUGAUGGAACAGGAUUGCUUAAUGUUUGGAAGUUGGCUGAAUCACAUGGAAGAGUUCUACAAGUAGCAUAGUAUCUAUGUACUUUGUACUCAGUUCUUAAAUAGAGAUUAACUUGAGAACUACGUGGACCUGAUCCUCCUCCUUAGGAGGUACGUAGGCAGCCUUCGGGUGCGGUCCAAAUUUUAUUUUCUUAAUUUCAAUGUUUUCUUUUUGGUUCUUUUUUUUUUCUUAUUGCUGCCAAAUAAAAUAUCAUAUUGCUGCCUUUUAUGUUGAUUUUACUUUCAUUCA